AUGCCGACACUCCCCACGGACAGGCUCGUCAACAUCCUACACGACAACGUCAUCACUCACAUCUCACCAGCCCCAACUCCGGCACCUUCACCUCCACCCUACCCCGUCGACGCGCCCGUCUUUCCGCAUCUCGUCGACCUUGUUCUUGAGUACGCCCCGAUCGGCGUCCGACUUGCGUUCCGCGACACGAGCCGUUACUGGCGGACAGCGGUGGACAAGUUGCUGGAUCGAGAUGGAUGCCACCUGGUCAUCAGCCGUCGGCGGCGAGGCGUGAGGACGACCGACACGGGGCUGUACUACCUCGACGAUGGCGAGCUGUUCAAAGUGCCGCGACACCUGGUUCGCCAUGCGCGUAUCCUCGACGUGCAUUGGAAGACCAAGGGAAGCUUUCUCCUUGAGCGACCAUACCCCAUCUCCCCUCGGAUCAUCCGCAUCAUCGGGUGUCCCAGCUUUACCUUCAACCGCCUGAGCCUGUGGGCGCCGACUAUUGUGGAAACCUUCCAAGACCUCGCUCCAUUCAACGUUGAACGCCGUCGACUGUACGAAUACACGUACACGGGUAGGCCACUUGAUGGCCGUCCCCUAUCGCCAUCGUGCUUUCAAUCCAUCACCACACGGCUGGUGCUCCACGUCUACCUCGACGACGUGUUGGGCAACCCCGUCCAACUGUCGUACCCACACCUCGUCGGCGGACAGCCUCGCGAGACCGUCCUCAUCUUCCACCCCUUGACAAAGCCUCUCCCUACCGAGGGCACGUUUGACGUUUGUCUCUUCUUCGACAUUGGGCUCGAACUCCUGGAGACGUCGUCGCGCUUCAUCAUUGUCGACGACUCCAACGUCCUCGGCACGGUCAUUGGAUGGGACGCCAAGGGGCCCCCAAUCCCUCGCCAGUCGGUCUACCCGUACCUGGUGGAGAACUGGGUGUCGAGGUGUCAGUCGGUUGAGGCCCGCUUUGACGAGGAAGAGUAUCGCCCCAGAGUCACAGAGCUGGUCGAGGUCAUCACCAUGGAGGAGCACCGGGAAAGAGUUGGGGACGAGCAGUUUGAGCUUGAGACACGGGUUCCAAGGAGAUAG